AUGAGUGAUCUACUAUCUAAUCCAGCAGAUACUUUAUCAUAUUUAGAUAUUUCAUUUUUAACAUUUGAAGCAGUAUUAGAAGUUAUAAUUAUAUGUUUUGCAGGAUUUAUUGCAGCUAAAACAGGUUUAUUAAAUACAAAAGGUCAAAAAAUUUUAAGUUCAUUAAAUGUUGAUUUAUUUACUCCAUGUUUAAUAUUUUCAAAAUUAGCAAGUUCUUUAAGUUUAUCAAAAUUAAUUGAUAUUAUUAUUAUACCAAUAUUUUUUACUGUUUCAACUUUAAUAAGUUUUUUAUGUUCAAAAUUAACUUCAUUAUUUUUAGGAUUAAAUGAACCAGAAACUGAUUUUGUUACUGCUAUGGCAGUAUUUGGAAAUUCAAAUAGUUUACCAGUAUCAUUAACUUUAAGUUUAGCUUAUACUUUACCUGGAUUAUUAUGGGAUGAUAUACCUGAUGAUGAUAGUGAUAAAGUUGCAGGUAGAGGUAUAUUAUAUUUAUUAAUUUUUCAACAAUUAGGUCAAAUAUUAAGAUGGUCUUGGGGUUUUAAUACUUUAUUAAGAAAAAGAUCUCAAUUAGAAUUAAAUACUUAUUAUUCAAAAAAUGGUGUUAAAAUUAUAAAUGAUGAACAAUUUCAUUUAUUAGCUGAAGAUAAUGAACAAGCUUUAUAUAUUGAUGAAGAAAGAGUUACAUCAAAUGAAAUUAAUGCUACUUCAACAUCAUCUUCUUCUUCUUCUUCAUCAUCAAAUAAUUCAAUAUCAAACAAUUACACAAGUAACAAUACACCAUCACAAACAUAUAAUUCACAAUUACAUUCGCAAAGUCAUGAUCCUUCACCUAUUUCAGAUAGUGAUGAUAGUGAUAACAAUAACAACACCAACAACACAAAUAAUGAUAAUAAAGUUGAAAUAUUAGAAAAACCAAUACGAUUCCUAGAUUUUUUAAAAAAUUUACCAGGUAUAAAACAAUUUAUAUCAUUUAUGAAUCCUCCAUUACAUGCAAUGUUAUUAAGUGUUAUAGUAGCAUCAACUCCAUUACAAAAAAUUUUUUUUAAAAUAGGUAAAGAAAAUGGAGAUGGUUCUUUCGUUCAUAAUACAUUAACUGAAGCAAUUACAAAUUUAGGGUCCGUAUCAAUUCCUUUAAUAUUAAUAGUAUUAGGUUCAAAUUUAUAUCCAUCAUUAGAUAUUCCUGCUCCAUCAAAACAUUAUAAUCGUAUAUUAUUUGGUUCAUUAUUAUCAAGAAUGAUAUUACCUUCAUUAAUAUUAUUACCUAUAAUAGCAGGCUGUGUAAAAUAUAUUAAUAUAUCAAUAUUAGAUGAUCCCAUAUUUUUAAUUGUUUCAUUUAUUUUAACUAUUAGUCCUCCUGCUAUUCAAUUAAGUCAAAUUUCUCAAUUAAAUGGUAUUUAUCAAAAAGAAAUGUCUGGAGUUUUAUUUUGGGGUUAUGUUGUUUUAACUUUACCUACUACUAUUUUUAUUGUUGUUUGUUCUUUAGAAGUUUUAAAAUGGGCUCAAAAAUAG